AUGGACGCCUUUUGUUUCGCGGGCAAGACUUCCCGCCAUAAGAAGCUGGACCUUGCACCCACGAAGAACACAAAUACGAUACUCCCUUCGCCUAUCUACGACCACUACGCUUCACUAGUGUACUACACGCUUCAAGAAAUCAACACCUACUUUACUCUUACUACCAGCAGUGACACAGGCCGCUGCUAUUUUUCCAUCCCAGAGGCUCCAGCUAUGUCGAUGAAAGCGUUGAAGCCCGAAGAGAUCGUUGCCGGUAUCAACAGGAAAGUCGAGUUCCUUAUAGAAAGCCUUGCAGUCGAAAAGAAAGAGAAGGAAGCACUUCAGGAAAGGUUUGCUGGGCUGCAGAGCGAGCUCAAUGCAUUACAGCAGCAUCACAGCACCAGCGAGUAA